GGCGGGCCGGGCCGGCGGGCGGCGGACUAUGAGGCGCCCACCAUGGUGCGAUGCGACCGCGGGCUGCAGAUGCUGCUGACCACGGCCGGAGCCUUCGCCGCCUUCUCGCUCAUGGCCAUCGCCAUCGGCACCGACUACUGGCUGUACUCCAGCGCGCACAUCUGCAACGGCACCAACCUGACCAUGGACGACGGGCCCCCGCCCCGCCGCGCCCGCGGCGACCUCACCCACUCGGGGCUGUGGCGGGUGUGCUGCAUCGAAGGGAUCUACAAAGGACACUGCUUCCGGAUCAACCACUUCCCUGAGGACAAUGAUUACGACCACGACAGCUCGGAAUAUCUCCUCCGUGUCGUGCGAGCCUCCAGCGUCUUCCCCAUCCUCAGCACCAUUCUGCUCCUGCUCGGAGGGCUGUGCAUCGGUGCCGGCAGGAUCUACAGCCGCAAGAACAACAUCGUCCUCAGCGCCGGCAUCCUCUUUGUGGCUGCAGGCCUCAGUAACAUCAUAGGAAUUAUCGUCUACAUUUCCAGCAACACGGGCGACCCAAGUGACAAGCGAGACGAAGACAAAAAGAACCAUUAUAACUACGGCUGGUCUUUUUACUUUGGAGCCCUGUCUUUUAUCGUGGCCGAGACGGUGGGCGUCCUGGCCGUAAACAUUUACAUUGAGAAAAAUAAAGAGUUGAGGUUUAAGACCAAACGGGAGUUCCUUAAGGCUUCUUCCUCUUCUCCGUACGCCAGGAUGCCGAGCUACAGGUACCGGCGACGGCGCUCCAGGUCCAGCUCCAGGUCCACCGAGGCCUCGCCGUCCAGGGAUGCGUCCCCCGUGGGCCUGAAGAUCACCGGGGCCAUCCCCAUGGGGGAGCUGUCCAUGUACACGCUGUCCAGGGAGCCCCUGAAGGUGACCACCGCCGCCAGCUACAGCCCCGACCAGGAGGCCAGCUUCCUGCAGGUGCACGACUUCUUCCAGCAGGACCUGAAGGAAGGCUUCCACGUCAGCAUGCUGAACCGGCGGACGACCCCCGUGUGAGGCCCACCCCUGCUUGCAGCUCCGGCCUGCCCAGAACGGCUCUUUGUGUCACACAGGAGGGCGUGUGAUCCUUAAGACGGAUGGACAAUGAACUCGAGCCAAACGCGGCCCUCCCUGGUCUCCAGGUGUCGUGGGCUGGCUUCGAGCGAAGGAAGCGCCAGGAGACUGGACUCGGGGCUGCGGUAGAAGCUGGAGGCUGACUUCAUCCCAAAACGGGGGGGUUGAUGCCCCAGGGUUUCCGAAAUCUCCCAGGAGGCCCAAGAGCCUUCCUGAGGCUGCAUGGCCUUGACCAACUCGGGAAAACAAAAUCGAGCCAUUAUCUCCUCUUGGAAACAAAUUUUGCCAGAA